ACUGAUUGAUAACUGUGUACUUAGAAUAAGACUUUAGGCAGCAGGAUUUUUCUGGGUACGUAUGGAAAGCAGUUCAUUUUCUCCCUUUCUUUGUAGAGAUAGAAUUUUGAGGUGCUUUCUGUCUCUGAUUUUCUUUUACUUGUUUGCAUUUGACGUUGGUGAUCUAAGAAGAACCUGCAACGUGUAGCUAAAAUCUUCUGAAUAUUGAGCAGAGAUGUUUUUGCUGCUAAAAUGAUAUAAGAGUUUUGGGUUCUCAUGAGGCUUCAGGACAGCCAGUUUGUCUCUUAAGAUAUAAAAGGAUCUGUUUUCCUUGCGCUGGGGACCUAGACUCUACUUCCUGUUCCCAUUUACACACUAAGCAGGCAGCUGUACAAGUGGAACUUGAGUCUAAAUCACAGGGUGUUAUAACAUAUGAAACUUGAAUGUGGCAACUGUUAUUGUCUGCAGUAGUGAACUGUCUGGGGAAAUUCAAUCCCAGCCUUGGGCCUGGCGGUGAAGGCUCUAGCAGCACUUGGUCACCAGUGUAGAUGGCUUUGGAACUGAUUUUAAACACUUUUCAUUGAAACUGAAGUAUAAUUCUGGCCUGCAGCUUAAUCAGAUAUUCAAUGUGCUGUAGACUAGUGGAAUUUUUCACUGUUUUUGGCUGUUAACAUCCCUAAAGGCACAGCGUGUCUCUGUUGCUCUUUGUUAUUCCUUCAUGUCUCCGGGGUAAAGGACCAUGAUAAUGAAUAAUCUCUCAAGAUCAUAUCACAAGGGGAAUGAAAGUUUAGUAAGUGGGGAAAGAGGUAGACUAAAUUAUUUCUGAGGUCUCUUUCAGUACUGUGUUUAUGAAACAGUUUAACCUGUAUUAGUUUGUUCCAAGGUGAAAAACGCGAUGUUUCUGGAAGUUAUUAAUGCAGUUUUGGCAGAUGAGCAUGCUGGGGAGGAGGGAACUAGAUCUGAAUUAAACAGCCUGGCUGGCAAUGUUGUUCACAGCCUGAAUUGCUCAACUUUAAUGAGGUCUUGCUACAACCAUAUAUUUUAUACACACACAUCUUAAAAAUUUCUUGUUCAAAGUCAUCUUCCAGUUUCAUCCAAAGCACAAAUUUACGGUAAAAAACAUAUUCUCAACAUACUGGCUCAAUGCUGAGAUCAGGAAAUUCUCUAAGCUCAUUUUUUUGGAACGUGCUGAUUUUAGGAUCCAUGAUUUCUACAAUUUGGAGAACAACAAAUUGACCAAAACAGCCACACUUUUGUGUGGACACAGCUAAUGGAGUGGUACAACACAAUGUGGGCGCAUGCUUAUUUUUCUGUGGUGUUUGGGGUUGUUUUUCUUUUUUCUUUCUUUCUUUUUUUUUUUUUUUUUUUUUUGAGACGGAGUCUCGCUCUUUCGCCCAGGCUGGAGUGUAGUGGCGCAUCUCGGCUCACUGCAAGCUCUGCCUCCCGGGUUCACGCCAUUCUCCUGCCUCAGCCUCCUGGGUAGCUGGGACUACAGGCUCCUGCCACCACGCCCGGCUAAUUUUUGUAUUUUUAGGAGAGACAGGGUUUCACCGUGUUAGCCAGGAUGGUCUCGAUCUCCUGACCUCGUGAUCCGCCUGCCUCUGCCUCCUAAAGUGCUGGGAUUACAGGUUUUUCUUUUUUUUCCUGUGAAAGGGUGUGAGUAUUGUGCUGUGCAGUUGCUCACCCUAAUUUAUGAUAAUUUCAGAUGAUCAUGAAGAGAAGAAGAUCCUUGCGAGAGGAAAUAAAUAGUUGGAGAAAAUGAGUUGAUUAAAAUAUAGACCCUGUUCUCAUGCAAAUGUUCCUAAUUUUUAAAUUUAGGUGUAGAAUUCUGUGUAUUAUAAAAAUGUUCUCCAAAUGGAACAUUCUUCAGUGUUCAUAAGGUCUUGUCAGAUAUUUAACUUUUAAUAUUAAGUAUCUUCAAUUGCACUGGCAGUUGGUCACUGAAAAGAACUCUUUAAAAUGUAAUUUGUGUGCAGCUAUAUAGACUUGUCAAGCACCCUUAAAAGUGUGAUUAUAUAGUCCACUAAUAGACCUUUCUGAGGGGCUGAAUUAUUGUUGAAAUUCUCACCCAAAGCGUAUAAAAUCAGCCUUGAAAGUCCAGGAAAUGCUAUGGACGACUGUAAACUGUUAAGAGAUUUAUGGAUAAAGAGUUUUAUUAUAAAUAUUCUGAGUUGUAGUUGAUUAAACAUUCUGUCUCUUUGUUAUAUAGUUAAAAUAUUGCAAAGAACUGGAGAGAGAUCUUUUGGCUAAAAAGUGAAAUCUCUGAAGGACGCAAAGGUUGGAAGUGCCGCUCAUGCAGCAAGGAGAAUUAAACUCAUUGCAAAAUAGGGUUUAGGAUGCAGACUCUGGAGCCAGCCUGCCUCCAUUUCAGCCUCCACACUAAUACUAACAAGCAGUGUACACUUGGAUUCCAGAGGGGUGACUACCAUAUUGAUGUCUGUAUCAAUGACUACCUGGAUGUUUUCUGCCCUCACUAUGAGGACUCCGUCCCAGAAGACAAGACUGAGCGCUAUGUCCUCUACAUGGUGAACUUUGAUGGCUACAGUGCCUGCGACCACACUUCCAAAGGGUUCAAGAGAUGGGAAUGUAACCGGCCUCACUCUCCAAAUGGACCGCUGAAGUUCUCUGAAAAAUUCCAGCUCUUCACUCCCUUUUCUCUAGGAUUUGAAUUCAGGCCAGGCCGAGAAUAUUUCUACAUCUCCUCUGCAAUCCCAGAUAAUGGAAGAAGGUCCUGUCUAAAGCUCAAAGUCUUUGUGAGACCGACAAAUAGCUGUAUGAAAACUAUAGGUGUUCAUGAUCGUGUUUUCGAUGUUAACGACAAAGUAGAAAAUUCAUUAGAACCAGCAGAUGACACCGUACAUGAGUCAGCCGAGCCAUCCCGCGGCGAGAACGCGGCACAAACACCAAGGAUACCCAGCCGCCUUUUGGCAAUCCUACUGUUCCUCCUGGCGAUGCUUUUGACAUUAUAGCACAGUCUCCUCCCGUCACUUGUCACAGAAAACAUCAGGGUCUUGGAACACCAGAGAUCCACCUAACUGCUCAUCCUAAGAAGGGACUUGUUAUUGGGUUUUGGCAGAUGUCAGAUUUUUGUUUUCUUUCUUUCAGCCUGAAUUCUAAGCAACAACUUGGGGCUGGGGGCCUAAACUCGUUCCUGCCUCCCUCACCCCACCCCACCCCCAGCCCUGGCCCGUGACUUCUCUCACCCCUCCCAAAUUAAAUGGACUCCAGAUGAAAAUGCCAAAUUGUCAUAGUGACACCAGUGGUUCGUCAGCUCCUGUGCAUUCUCCUCUAAGAACUCACCUCCGUUAGCGCAGUGUGUCAGCGGUCUAUGGACAAGGAAGAACAGUGGCAGAUGCAGCCAGCGCUGGCUAGGCCUGGGAGGGUUUUGCUCUCCUGUACAAUAUUUAUGCCUUCUCAUUCAGAACUGUAAGAUGAUCGCGCAGGGCAUCAUGUCACCAUGUCAGGUCCAGAGGGGAGGUAUUAAGAAUAGAUGUGAUAUUACACCAUUUCCUAUAGGAGUACAUAAAUGAACAGGUUUCUAAAAGGUUGAGACACUGGUUUUUUGUUUUUUCUUUUUUUAAUAUGACUGUCUUAAAGCAUUCUUGACAGCAAAACUUGUGCUCUCUAAAGGAAGCCUUUUUUUUUUUUUUCUAGGAGGCAGGUUGGGUGUGGAAUGCUGAUACAGAGCAGGUGUGAAAACAGAAAACUACAGGUUUGCUGGGGGUGUGGAUGUGUGAGUGCCUCUAAUUUUUUUGGUGACUGGGCAGUGCACACCAGAUAUUUUUUCUUUGAAUACAGAUCACCAUGGUGCUACAACUUUUUUUUUUUUUUUAGAAACUCAAAGAGGCAUUUUUAUGAAUAAAGUGACCUUCCCCAAGGCUGACAAGCCAGAGUUGAUGAGUGCAUAGUGGAAUAGCUUUGGAUGCUCCUCUGGGGGAUGACAUGUACCAAGGAGAGGACCGCAGUGGCCAGAGGAGACAUGAUUUGGCUUUGCUGGAGCACCAGUGUGCUGUGGCCUUUCCCCGCCUCCCACCCUAGUACCCACGUUUUGCUCCACACUCCAUGACUGCAGGGGCUCGGCCACAAACCCCUGUCACCAGGAGAGUCAGUCAGCACUACUUGGGAGGGCUAAAGGGAAAUUUGGAAAUAAAAUUCCAAAGUUUGGAGUAAAAAAAUUCAAGUGUUGAUUUUAUAUUCUUUCCCUUUCUGACACAGCCUAAAGCGUAGGGGGAACAUGUGUUUAUCUGUGGGAGAUAAACAAGAUGGAGUCCCAAAGACUUUAACAAAAUAUUUUUUUAAAAAUCCACUAGAAUAGAAAAUACAUUAUUUAGAUAUACUUUAUGCUGAGAGUGAGUAUAUAUGCUUGUCCUAUUUAAACUUGUGAGAAAAAGUGGUAUCCCUUGAUACAUUUAGAAAUAUGGGGGCUAUCUUGUUUCAUUGUGGGGGUGGGGCAGAAGGAGAAUAAAUGCAGGAUGACCCUGUUGAAGGAAUCUUAGCAUGGCCAACAGGGGACGUUUCCAGUCGAUUACCAGGAAAUGCAAGCCUUGGGGUUUCUACUGGUGGUGGGGCUGUCAUGAACUUUAAAAUCCAAAGCCUAGACAAGGAAAAGUGUUAGACCAAUGGAAAAGCAAUCCAGCCUUUUUUUUUUUUUUUUUUUGGCUUUGCACGACAUGUCAACAGAAACCAUGCCUUUCAAAAUAAGAAAUAAAUGUGUUGAUCAUGUAAAAUGUGAAAAAUUGAAAGCAUUCCAGCAAAAUAAGAAUCUUUUAUAUAUUUGUUUUUUAAGAUGUGUAUGUUAAAAAAAGAGAGAAGGUCGCAUUAUGGACAGACUUCGUGAAUGGGAAUUUGCUUAGAAUUGUGAGUAGUUCUGAAUUAGGAAAGUAUGUGAAUGAAAGGCAGCUGUAAACGUAUUGCACUCUGGAGAGUUGUACACAUGUUGAAAUGUAAUCUGGGUUUACCUGAUCCAUUUGGAGUGGAUGUCACUGCCGAAUCUGUUCUCACAUGGAACCAUGUGUGUGGGGUUGCCAGCCUCACAGAUACAAUCAAUCCUAUUCCCCUCUGACAUAAGGAACUCCUCUGGAGUGGCAGAGUCUUAUCACAGAAGGCAGCCACCAUUUCACCGAAACAAAAGUUCACGGCAUUCAAUUCCUUUUUCCUUUAACUAUUUAUAUAUGCAGUACUCUCAGUAAUAUCCAGAAAUACUUUUUUUUUAAAAUUAAUAGUUACAGGCUUGUUGGUCCAGUGGGAUUUGGGUAGGGGGAGAAAGAUACCUUCUAAAAUGGAUCAAUAGAACCAAAAUAAUACAGCAUGUUCUAUAACCACCAGGAAUUCAAAUGAUCCUGUAAUGAUUCCAGUUAGUCGUAACUACGUUAGCCGUGCUAAAUGCAUUUUAGAAAUGGUGACUUCUGUGGUUUUCCUAGCAUUUGUCUCUAACAAGUGGUGAAGUAAUUACUCAUGGCCCUCUCUGCCAUUGUCUUUCAUUUUUUUCACAGUGAAAUUAGACCCUUUACUUACCCUUCUGCCGCUGCAAAUUAAGUACAAAGAAAAUAGCAAGAGUAUCCACACCAGUAGGCAGUAAGCUUCUCUACCUAUAAGUGAUGUAAUCAUAGCUAAUGCACUUGCCAUGGAGUUUUCAGGAUGAUUGGUGUCAGACAGCUUUCAUUUUGUUUAAAAAGUGUUGGUGGCCUUUUGUGGUGUUGUUACAAUCCUCUGGGGGCUUAGGAGGAUGUUGAUGCAACUUUUAGAAGCUUUUAAUUUCAAAAACAACUCAAAAGUCUGAAGGACAGUCAUAGCUGCCACUCAGCCCCAGUUAGUCAAACCCCAGUGACCUUUGCCCCUGGUUGCCAAGGGCUUUGCAACAUGAAGCAGGGAAAUAAGGAUCUGUCUGUUUAGUGGAUACCGUGUAUCCUUUAAUAGACCAGGUAACAGUUCGUGUUAGUUUAGACUAUUGUUUUGUACUGUACUUUCUUGGGUGGCAGAGGAAAGAAAAGUAAAACAUAAAAAAAAAAAAAAAAAAAAAAACUGCGUUCUUUAAAUUCUGUAUUAUUAGCAACCUCUGUUGUAUAUAGUGUUUGAUAAUAAAGUAUUAAUUUGAUUCUUAUGUCUUUUGUAAGUGAGAACAAUAGACUUUCAGGAUACAAAACAUGCAUUGAGGCUUUGAAACAUCCAAUGUGUACUGUGGCUGAAAAAAGAGUCACACGUGGCUGAGACACUGCUCCAUAUAGGACUCAUGUGUGGUCAUUGCCCACCCAAUCUUAUGACUCCAUCAUCUUGGGACCUGGAACAACAUGACUUUUUUGAUCAAUAUUUUGUCCUCAGUGUUUUCAAGGUCCGAUGUUGGAGCCCUGUGGCCCACCCUCCCUUCUCCACCAGCAUGUUGGUUUGAAAAGGAUAGGGAAUUUAGAACCAGUUCUGUACUUUGGUUUGGUUUGGUUUUCUGUUUGUGAUUGUUUUCAUGGACUGUUUUAUUUUUUCCCAGGAAGAGCCUUUAUCAAUAUCAUGUGCAGCUCACUCAUGGAAAUGGUUGCAAACCAAUCAGUGUAGGAAGGUUAAAUGGGGCUGUUUCCCUCUCUGUGUCGUUGUGAAAGGAAGAGUCACGCGGUACCUGUGGAUUUUCAGGGACUCUGUUUUUCUCCGGUGCCUUAGCAACGGCAGCAGCCAUUUGUAUUAGUUUCAAAUAAUUAGAAAAACAGUUUUCAACUCCUCCUUUCCAUUCAUUGCUCUCAGAGUUGUGGUCACUGACUUUUCUUUUGAAAACCACCUCCACCAACACCCCCGUUUGCCUACACCACCCCCCUUUUACUUAGUAUGUUUAUUUUUUGUGUGUCUCUUGCCUUCCUCCCACGUUUUAUUUCCCCUCAGAGCCGUGAAUGGGCAGGUCUGUCUCUGGUUUGGCAUCACUGAGUUUUUCCCAUGCAUUGGCCCCAGGGCUGCUAGGAUGUGAGACAAAUCUCCCUACAAUGGGCUUGCUCCCAUUGUCUGUACAGUUUAAUAGAUGCUGGCGUGUCGGAGGUUACCCAUGAGUCAAAAUCCGCUUUCCAUGCUUACUCUUGACACCCCAUUGAAGCCACUCAUUGUGUGUGCGUCUGGGUGUGAAGUCCAGCUCCGUGUGGUCCUGUGCUUGUACUGCCCUGCUUUGCAGUUCCUUUGCACUUACUCAUCGAGUGCUGUUUUGAAAUGCUGACAUUAUAUAAACGUAAAAGAAAAUGUAAAAAAAAAAAAAAAAUACCCACACACAAACAAACCCAUACAAUCUGUAUUUGUAUAUACACGUGUCCGUACAAGUAUACCUAAAUAAAAAUUAAAGAUUUUCAUCAUUUUAA